AUGCCGCAACUGGCGCCAUUACUCGAUAAGCUGGACGCAAAACCCUUUCCCGAAAUGACUUUCUCUGCCGUUCGCAGCAUCGCCAGUUACAUUAACGCCCAUAACACCAGUAGCGCAGAUAUUGAGGAAGACAUUAACUCCCUUAACACCCAACAGCAAGACACCUUCAUGAAGGUUCUCUACUGUUGCCUUGCCAACGACAGUCGAUCGAGCGCAACUUACUUUCGCUGGCAUGAAAAACUGCACGCAAUAGCUGGAAGUGGUGCAAUAAUCCGCGUAAUGACUGACAAAAACAACAUGAGUCCGGAAAAGCAACAAACCUGA